GUCGAGGCGCAUUGCAAAAAUCUUGAAAAGGCACCUCUUCAAUCCAAUUCCAAGCGACCGAGUGAAGAGCCAGUAUGCAGCUACUGGGGACAGUGAGCUUUGUGUCCAUACUGCUCAUUGUGUCCACUGUGAGGGCCACAGCACCUUUCGAAGACAGACUGAAUCUUCGGGCAAAUCAGGAGCUGAACAAAGAAAGGAAAGAAGUCAUUCUCAAGCUGUUAUCUGGACUGCUUGACUCCAGCAGCAAUCAAAUGGGGAUUGAGAACACGUUCCCGGAUCAGGAAGAUGUGGAAGAGAUGAAAGUGGAGGACAGGACCCGCUUCAGUCAGUUACCACAGCGAGAGCGGAAGACUUCCUGCAAAAACUUCUUCUGGAAGACCUUUACUUCCUGCUAACAUCAGACGAUGCUACGUCGCAAGGAACUGAUUUAGCACUGUACAAAAGCUGCUGCUGUUUAUUUUCUUUGUUUCUUGGGGGUAAUAUUUCUUUAAUGCACUUGAAAACUAAAAAAAAGCAUGAGAUGUGUGUAAUUUCGCUGCAACCUGUAUGUAUUUCUUUUCCAGCAGUGUGGUGCUGCUCGUUCUGUUAGAGCAAUAAAGUGGAUCCGAAAUAAUCGCA